UUUUUUUUCCAGUUAUAAACGGUGCCGUUUAGAAGAAGCUGAGUUGGAUAUUGAAAUGGGUUUGGGUUGAGUUGAGUUGGGUUGGGUUUACUUUACCUGUAUUAAUUGUGAAUACAGUAUUGGAUUGUUGGGUUAGAUCCCUAUAGUAUAGUAGUAAAAGUAGGUCCAGUAAUAGUACCAGAAGCUGCCUACUGUUAUGAAGUGACUGGAGGGACAGUUUGUCCUUUGCCUCGUGAAAUCUAUUGAAUUGAAGGCCCUGAAGAGAGCCCUCAGAUACCAUUAAAAACCAAAAUACAGUCCAUUAAUACGGGGACACCCACUAUACUUUACUUUACUACUGCUAUAUAGCUAUACUUGUAAUCAUUUUUUCAAAAAUCAAAUUAAGCUAAAGUUUUUUCUUUUACAACCCUUGUGACAAAAUGAAUUAGUUCUGUGGAUUUAGUAGUACAUAUGUAUAUAAAUAUAUUUUCAUUUGUUGUGUAAUAUUAAUUACCAAAUAUCUUCUCUUUAAUGGAGUUUUUAAGUGGUCUAAAAGGAAAAGGGAAAAAGGAAAGGAGGAGCGUAGGGUAAAGGGGGCAACAAAGCUAAAGAAGAGGUCUUUCUCAUACACAGAUCCCUAUGGAAUGCGGGAACGAUGCCCAGCAUUGCUUGCUGGAACUCAUUCUUUUUGUUUAGUUUAAAGGGACUUGCUUUGUUCACUCUCUCUCUUUAGAAAUCUUUUCAGAGAGAGAGAAAGUGAGUAAUAGGAGAGAGAGAGAGAGAGAAAGAAGGGCAUAGCAUAGCAUAUAGAUUCAGUUGCAGGGAGUUGGAUUUGCUUAGAUGAGAGGUUAGAUUUGGUCCAAUCAGAGUACACUGAAGGGAAAACAAAACAAAAAACAAACAGAAGACCCAGUUAUUUAGUUUCAAAAACAAGGAGAGAGAGAAAAAAAAGAAAAGAGUGAAAGCUCUCAAAAGAAAGAUAGAAAAAUGUUUUCGGUAUCAUUAGUGUUAUUUGUAAUUUGCCAAUGAUUGAGUUUGCGAGAAACAUACUUGCCUAGAAUAUUAUCAUCUGAAGUGUAGAAAAAAAAAGGAGCAACCUUUGAGAGCCAGAUGAAGUCCAUGAAUAAUGAUGAGAACAACAACAACAACAACAGUAGUAAUAAUAACUGGUUGGGUUUUUCACUCUCUCCCAAUAUGAAAAUGGAGGCCCCUUCUAACCCUCAUAACCAUCACCACAACAACCAAACACAACAAUCUUCCUCUUCCUCUGCUCCAACAAGCUAUUUCCAUUCCUCACCCCAACUUAACUAUGGACUAUACUACGGAGUUGAAGGAGAAAAUAAUGGUUUGUAUUCUCCUUUAUCUGUUAUGCCACUUAAGUCUGAUGGUUCACUUUGUAUAAUGGAAGCUCUAACCAGGUCCCAGCCUCAAGCAACAAUGGUCACAACUUCUACUCCAAAACUUGAAGACUUCUUUGGAAGUGGAACAAUGGGGUCUCAUCACUAUGAAAGCAAUGACAGAGAAGUAAUGGCUCUGAGCUUAGACAACAGUAUGUUCUUUAAUCAAAACCCAGAACACGAGGAGCCCAACAACCACCACCACCAAAAUUUUCUAAACCAACUACAACAACAACAGCAACAACAACAACAACAACAACAACAGCAGCAGCAACAGAGCUCUAGGCACCAAGAUCAUCAAGCCCAGCAAAUUCAAGCUCAGCAACAGUAUUCAUACUACUCUGGUCUGAGAAGCCAUGAUAUUGCUGCUGCUGCUGCUUCUGCUGACUGUAAUCUCCAGCUUCCGACAAUGGCUGAUAAUGGGAUUUCUGAAAUGAAGAACUGGGUCUCAAGGAACUAUUCAGGUAACCAUGGAUUGGAGCAGAAGAUGAUUGGUGGUUGCAUGGCUGACAAUGGAGGUGAGUCUGGCUCUAUUAAUGGAAUGGCUUAUGGUGAUUUACAGUCAUUGAGCUUGUCCAUGAGUCCUGGCUCCCAAUCCAGUUGUGUUACUGGUUCACAGAAGCAGCAGCAAAUAUCACCUCCUGUGGCCGAUUGUGUAGCCAUUGAUACGAAGAAAAGAGGGCCUGAGAAGGUAGAUCAAAAGCAAAUCGUCCAUAGGAAGUCCUUAGAUACAUUUGGCCAGAGAACCUCUCAAUACAGAGGUGUCACAAGGCAUAGAUGGACUGGUAGAUAUGAAGCUCAUUUAUGGGACAACAGUUGCAAGAAAGAAGGGCAAAGCAGAAAAGGAAGACAAGUUUAUCUUGGAGGAUAUGAUAUGGAAGAAAAAGCUGCAAGAUCUUAUGAUUUAGCUGCACUUAAGUAUUGGGGUCCCUCUACUCAUAUCAAUUUUCCGUUGGAAAAUUAUCAUAAAGAACUUGAAGAAAUGAAAAAUAUGACCAGACAGGAAUAUGUUGCUCAUCUAAGAAGGAAAAGCAGUGGGUUUUCAAGGGGAGCUUCAAUGUAUAGAGGAGUAACAAGACAUCAUCAGCAUGGACGUUGGCAAGCUCGGAUUGGGAGAGUGGCUGGUAACAAAGAUCUAUACCUUGGGACAUUCAGUACUCAAGAGGAAGCAGCUGAAGCUUAUGACAUUGCAGCCAUAAAGUUUAGAGGAUUAAAUGCAGUAACUAACUUUGACAUAACAAGGUAUGAUGUGGAUCGGAUUAUGGCUAGUAAUACCCUUUUAGCGGGAGAACUCGCUAAGCGAACCAAGGACGUUGGAAGCGCUGCCAUUGAGGCUGCAAAUCAAAAUUCUGCCUCUAGUAGCAUCAAUGAAGAAGCUAUAACCCCAAAAAACAACGAAGGCGAAUCAGAUUGGAAAAUGGCACUAUACCAUUCCUCCUCGACGCAGCAGCAGCAGCAUCAACUUGUCCAGAAACCACUUAGCAUGGACAACAGCUACAAGGGCGAAUCUUAUUCGGUUGUUGCCCCAGAGAAUAUGAUUCACCAGCUCGAGGUAGAAGACUCUGCAAAAAUGGGGACUCACAUGUCAAAUGCUUCAUCAUUGGUGACAAGUUUAAGCAGCUCAAGGGAAGGUAGCCCGGAUAAGAGCAGCCUCCCGGGGCUGCUGUACGGUGUGCCUCCAUCUGUGUCAAAGUUCUUUACUAAUCCAGCAAAUGAUGUGAGUUCAUGGAUCCCAACCACUCAACAGAGAUCUGCACUAUCCAUGCCUCACAUGCCAAUUUUUGCUGCUUGGACAGAUACUUAAGAAUUGUAAUCUUCCUAAUUCACACAAGGGAAUUUUCUCUUUGGGUGAACAAAACUUGGCAAAAAGCAAGAGUUACUUGUAGGUUUCAGUUGUGGGGUUUAAUGGUAAUUGUAGGUGGGAAUCUCUCUCUCUCUUAUGGAGAUGAGGUGUUAAAAAAUCUUCAAAAUUUUCACUUACCCUUUUAAACCUAUCUCGUCCUUCAAAAAAAAAAAAGAACAGUAUAAUUUUUUUUUUUUUUACUAUUUAAGAAAUGGAGGGAAAAGUAUAAAAGGGUUGAAGAUUGAAGUUUAUGAUAUGAUUAUUGCAAUAUGGAUUAUAGGAAUGGCGGUAUGCAUAAUUAGAUUCAGCUUUUUAGAUAGGUGCUGUUUAAGUACUGAGACUCUACUCGGGUUAUGUUUUUCAAUGAUGCAAAAGCAAACAGAUUUGGUCUUUGCCUUUUUGAGCUUUUGACCACUAAAA